AUGGCAGUGAGUUGGAAUUUGUCUUUUUUUAGAGCCGCGCAUCGAAAGUUCAGACUAAAAAGAAGAAGGACGGAAGUUCGCAGAUGGGCACCGUCGAAAAGUCAUCGAACGAUGCGUCCGUCACCGACGACAUUCGAGGUAUCUCCAUCCGAGGGGCAAUCGGAACGUUCAUUCAAAGUUUUCAGGCGCCGAGUACUACCACGGAAUGGUGUCCCGUCAGGACACGGAAGCGAUUCUGAAGCGGGAGGGCGACUUCCUGAUCCGCAAGACCGAACAGCAGCCCGGAAAAGUGGUGCUGGCUCUUUCUGUGCGAGUCACCGACGAGCUGUGCCGCCAUUUCAUGCUCAACAUGGAUCCGGCGACCAACAAGUUCUAUUUCGAAGUGACCCACCAGGAGACGACGAUUCCCGACCUCAUCACCUGGCACAUGACCACCAAAACGCCGGUGUCCGCUGCGUCGGGAGCCAAACUACGACGUCCGAUGGAGCGUUCGCCGUGGCUCAUCAACCACGACAGUGUCGUCGCGAGCAAGAAGUUGGGCGAGGGCGCCUUCGGAGACGUCUUCAUUGCCGAGCUGGACCAGGGCGGCGGGAAGCAGGAAGUGGCAGUGAAGACGAUGAGAGCCGAAGCGACUCGCGACGCCCGUCUGCGCUUCAUGAAGGAGGCCAGGCUGAUGCGCAAGUAUCAGGUGGGAAGCUAAGAGCUCUCGAAAAGAAACUGUUUUGGUUUUGAGCACAAGCACGUGGUGAAGUUCAUGGGCGUCGCGAUCCAUGAGCACCCGCUCAUGAUCGUCAUGGAGUAUUGUCCGAACGGAUCGCUGCUCAGUCAUCUGAAGAAGAACAAGAUCUCGGCGGCCGAGAAGCUGCGAUUCUCGACGGAGGCGGCCGAUGGCAUCGCCUAUCUCGAACGAUCCAAGUGCAUUCACAGAGACAUCGCCGCGCGCAACUGUCUUCUUUCGCAGAAGAACGUAUGGUUCUGCUCGGAUCUGAUCGGAUCAAAAUUAUAGACAGCUUUUCAGGAGUUGAAGAUCUCGGACUUUGGAAUGUCGGACAACAAGGAGGAGAUCAAAGAAGAGUCGCUGGAAAAGGUUCCGGUCAAGUGGCUGGCUCCGGAGACGAUGCAGGAGAAGGUGUACACGCACAAGACGGACAUCUGGACGUUCGGCGUGCUCAUCUGGGAGAUUUAUGCGGACGGCGCCGAGCCGUAUCCGGGUCUCACGAAAAUCCAGACUCGCGCGAAGAUUCUCGUCAACGACUACCGCAUGAAGAUGCCGGACGGCACUCCGCCGUUGGUCGCCGAGAUCGUGACGGGCACGUGUUGGCAGAAGAACCCGGAGAAACGCACGACGAUGGAUGCCAUCCACAAGAAGUUGAGAGAGUUUUAUGAAAAGAAAUAG